AGACAUCUGCCAGGUCUGACCGGAACGCCUUUUUACAAUGCGUCCUUCGGUGAUACUUUUACUGCUCUUAUAUUACUUUGGAGAUGGAGGAGCCAAGAAGCCGUCGAAGGAGCCGGCGAGGACACCCGCGAAGGAAACGCGCAACACGCAGUGUGAAAUGCUGGGCAGGCGGUACCUCCGUCAUUGUCAGUGUGGCCUGAGUGAUCUUGGUCUUCUCACGGCUGCCUUCAUCGGUAGUUCUACGCAGCAGUCGUCGUCCCCGGUGAACUACCUUGAGUUCGACAUGCUGAGGAGACAGCUCGGCCUGCACCUGACGGAGAUCAAGUCUGUCAAGCGCCUGGUGAUGGACGUGCUGAGGAAACUGGAGGGGAUCGCGGAGGAGCAGGAGAAGAUGAGUCUGCGGCAGCACACGGACGCCGGCCCGACCGUGGUGGUCCCCAAGGAGACCUGCCUCCCCGUGCAGCAGAAGAAAUGCCCAGGGAUUAUGUAUGUAGGCCAUAUAUCGUGCACGGACAUCCUGCUCAGCGGCACCAACACCAGCGGCAUUUACACGAUAUACCCCCGCUUCCACAACAACAGCUUCCCAGUCUACUGCGACAUGGACACCAACGGCGGGGGCUGGACCGUCAUCCAGCGCCGCAUCAACGGGAGCAUCAAGUUCUUCCGCCCGUGGAAAGACUACAAGGAAGGGUUCGGCGACCUGGAGGGCGAGUUUUGGCUGGGUCUGGACAACAUCCACGCCCUGACCCGGUCGUUCGGCAGCACUCUGCUCCGCAUCCAGGUGGAAACCUUCGAGGGCCACUGGCACAUCGCCCAGUACGACGGGUUCAAGGUCGCCAACGAGUCGGAGAACUACCGCAUGACCGCGGGCCGCUUCACCUACGGCAGUAACGUGCCGGAUUCCUUCAGCUACCACGACGGCGCCAACUUCAGCACGUUCGACAGGGACAACGACGGGGACGAGGACGUCAACUGCGGGAAGAAGAGCCGGGGAGGGUGGUGGUACAAGGGCGGCAUGCCGGGCAGGAACAAGUGCGGCCUCAGCAACCCCAACGGCCUGUACCACCUGGGCGCGUACGAAGGCGAAGAGAACGGGAUCUACUGGUACUUCUGGCGCAGUGACUACCUGUACUCGUUCCGCAAGGUCGUGAUGAUGGUGCGUCCGUCACACUACUACUACUCGCCGACUCAGGGGCAUAACCGCCGUCCACCGGGCUUCCCUCAUAAUAACCCCGGCCCACAACCAUACCCUUAUCCAUACCCAUACCCAUCAUACAACAACAAUGGGCGAGUGCCUCAACAAUAUACAUCAUACAACAACCCUGUACCAGAGCCCUACCCCUACCCUGCACCAUCACCCCAGCAGCCCUACCCCUACCCUGCGCCAGCACCAUACCCUACAGGUUACGACGCCGCAAGCCUCCGGGAGAGCGCUCCGAGUGCUGAUGCUUCCUCCCAGUACUACUACCAGAGAUACAUGCAGGCUGACAAACCAGGUGAAAAGUAGCAGUAGGACAGGCGCUGUUGAGCACAACAAGGUUUUUAAUGCCACCGUUUUUUUCAGGAAGAAGUGAUAUACACCUUCACUGAAGAAACAUGGCUGUGAGGAAUCUGAAGGCAGUGGGAAACACUAAAUCACUAAAGGUGUAAAAAGGGGAACCGAGUCACGAGUGCAUGCCGGCGGCUAUUACAAGAGACUAGUCCUGCUGGCAAUACAAUACGUAAUGUGGAAUAUAAACAUGAAAUCCAGCAUGAAAUAAUAUAGUAUUACAUACAUUUGUAGUUCAGGUGUAAACCGUCACUCCUGAAAAAGUAACUCAGCCUAGUAUUCUGUGUAUUGAAAACGAUUUGUCACAUUCCACGUUAUGGGGACUGAUUCCUCUAUUUUUGAGAUAUUGAUUGUGUAUAUAUAAUUCAAUUAGCUAAGAUGGGUUAAGGUGCAGUACAUCUAGGUGCAACAGAACUCCUUCAGAACAGAGUAAAUCAGGGUUACAGGUAAACAUUUCAAGUACUA